CUUCAGGUGAAAAAUUACAACGGGGUGCCUGCACGGAGUGUGACACAGGCACAUAUCAGGACGAAGAAGGGAGGAAGCCAUCAUGCCAAAAGUGCCUGACCUGCGAAAGCAAAACUGGAAGCAUAGCAGUGGAGUCGUGCACCAAAACGUCCAACACAAAGUGUCGCUGCCCAGAGCACUUUGAGUGCUCGCGGAACUUCUGUGACGAGUGCUACUGCCCCAUGGGACGGGGGCUAAACGACAAAGCAUGUCAUCCCUGUCCAGAUGGCUACUUUUCUUCCAAAGUGAAUUCUCCGUGCCAAAAGUGGACCAACUGCACAGAGAAUGGACAGAAGGUCCUAAAAGGCGGGUCACAAACGCAGGACAUGGUCUGCAGUGAUUUGCCGGUAAAGACAGUGCCUGUCGGGGUCACUUUAAGUGUAUCCCACAAAACCUCUCCACGUGGACCUUCAAGAGGACCCCGUUCACAAAACUCUUCAGCUGGAGGCUCCCACCGAACUUCCCAGAGCCCAACAAGAGACGAUGUGAAUUCUCAAAUCAGAAGCACGAGCCCAGCUGUGACCCAAAGCAGUGAAACGUCAUGGACUACAGUAAGAAGUGCGACAAAGGAAAAGCCUCAGCUACGGACCCCUUUCCCCUCACUUUUAUUCCUGGUGCUUAGUGUCCUGGCUGUGAUCUUCAUCAUCUACAUAAUUCUUGCCUGGCCACGGAUUAAGAAAAUCAAGAAGCACUUAAGGCAAGGAAAAAACUCUCAUUUAGCAGUUCGGAUUCCUGUUCAAGAAGAAGACGAGGGUGGCAGGUCCUCCAUUGUGAAGAACUGAGACGUUGCAACGUUUUUUUUUUGUUUUUUUUUUGCUUUGGCAAAAUGUUACAACCCAAUAUUUGUAAUACAAAUAUUUAACAAGUAUGCCUCCCCCUCUCAUCAAAGUGAGGGAAAGGCACAUGAAACAGUGAAACUAGUAGAACACAUAGUGGGAACCAUCUUCGGCAGUUUAUUUCUACGUUAAAUGCUUCAGUGAUGUUUAGUAAUUGCCAGUUCAGUUAUCUACAGUAUUUAUUUUAUUGUAUUUAUUUGGGGGACGGAUUAAAUCGUAAGAUUAAAUUCUGUCUCGACAUCCUGCUUCACAUAUGAUGCUCUCUAGGACUCUCAUCAUAAUGCCAGAGGCAGACCCCAGUUUAUUGGGAGCACAAUAAUGCAGGAGACAUCAGCCUAUUAAAGGCUGCAACCCCCCCCUCGUAAAGACACAUGUGGAUACUUUCCACAUAUUGCUAAGGACGCCUAUCGUGUAGGUUGAUUAGUCCCAAACGGUGGGACCUACAAAACGUACCUCCAGGAGCUUACUGACACUUCCAUUUCCACCAGAUGUUGAGAUGGCAUGGGGAUUGUAUGGUCAUGGAGGUAUAAGUGAAAAGAAAGAAAUUGUCUUUUCAUAAAAGACUUUUUUUAUGGUUAUUUAAUGUUAUUUUUCUUCUGAAAUGAGUGUGGUGGUCUAAUUUAAUGUGUGAAACACAGAUCACAAUGAAGAAGAUGGUACACCAGUUUGUGAAAACUAAGAGUAGUUAAGGUAUUUUCUGAACUCAUGCAGCUGAACAAUAAAUUCAACACUAGCCUGUGCCAAGCAAAAGGACAAAGCAGUUAAAAAGCCUGUCUGUUUCUGUGCCAAUUACAUGCCCUACCCAAUCAUUUUUUUUAACAAAUCUGUGAAAAACAGUUGGUGUGGCACCUUUUGGCACUCCACUAGGUGAUCAUACCCCAGAGCCCUGGAUAUCUGCCAGGCUGCCUUCUCUCUUUUUGGGCAGCAGAGUCCCUACUUCCCAUCUCUAUUGCCACCUGCUGGCCAUGAGGAUUUAUGCUAAGCCUCUGCCAGCUCCCAAGUCCAUCUCCCCAAGAUUUCUCUCUUUCUCUCUUAAAAUAGAAAGGGGGACCUUCUACAGAGGGCAGGGCCUUUCAGGUGGCAUAUUUGCCCUUAGAAAUACCUUGUAACAGAAUAAAAGGACAACGUUAAAGAGUUGGGGUGCCAAAAAUGUUUGGAGGCAGCGAGAUAAAAAAAAUAAAAUAAAAAACACACAAAAUAUUGCAGAGUUGUACACACGUGAGUUCAAGACAGAACUUUUCCGAGAUGGCGAAGCUUCCCAUUUCGGGCCCUUCUGACAGGAAGAGGCGGGUCCUGUGGACGGACACCGGAAGUGAUGUCAAAUCUGUUCUAGCUGUCAAUCAAAUCAGAGAGCCUGCAGGGGGAGAAGGAGAGAGAGGCAUUAGAAUGCAGCACCAACAUCUGGAGUGGCAGUAGAAUGGCAUUCACUAGGGCCCUUUAGCUGUCCCCUAUGCAUACACAUGUAGCAUCCUUAAGGUCCAGGAUACCUCUUUCAGUACUGCUGUCUUUAAAGUGCAUGAAUUUGUUCUAAUUUUUAAAUAAGUUUGGACUACACCACUGACUGGUCCUCAUUCAGCCGAGAAAGGUCUACAUUGGCCAAAUUGGAGAUUUGGCCCAAGACAACACUGAGAUUAGAACAUUAGAGCAAAUCUGGACGAGGACAGGUCAUUCAGCCCAACAAAUCUCACCUGUCCUAUCCACUAUGCAGUAUAGGAGGUCCCCGUCCCCUCUGUGUAGAGUUUAAUGUAAGGGUGGCAUAAUCACAUUGCAAUCUUUUCUUCAUGACAUUAAGUACUACCUCUACCAGAUGCUUCAUAAUAACAUUAACUCCAUCUCCACUAGUCACGCCUUUCUUUGAACACGGUCAGAACAAGCUGAUGGGCUCCUACUGGAGCACGACGUUUGUGUAAGGCUUCUGCUGAGGAUACUUCAAGUGGCUGGUGAGAGCUCGGAGGGUCCGACUAAGAGUGUGUGAGGCGUUUGCGCCUCAUCUGGCCUCACUAUUGUCCUGUGUAGUCCGUGUGUUCUCCAUGUCCAGUCAAAGCGAAUGACCUUUGGUGAAUCCGCUGAAGCGGCAGUUGUUCGACUUGCCUUUUAUGUUCAUAGCAUCCAAUUAGAAGGACCGACUUUUGGUGUGAUGAUUGGACCUCGGUACAAUUAUUUUGUACUUUUAAUUUCAAACUGGAUAUUUUAUAAUAAAUUGUGUAAAAGUUCUAAUUAUUUGUUUUUUAAAUGUACAUAAUGUUUUACAUAUUCGAGUGCGCAACACCAAUAAUUCUCUGUAUAUGUUUGUGUAAGAAAUUCAGCUCUCUAGAAUUUCAGGGAAUGUUUUCUAUACAUGUAGAUAGUGUAAAUGUGUAAACCGUUUUAAAGAGUAUGUUAAUUUUUUAUUAUGAACUUACUUUGUAUCUGUUGUACUUCUGCAGAUUAGUGCAUUGUGGAUUCAGGCUCGGUCUUUUUUGGGUGGAGAUGUUUACUCAAGAAGCAAGUAUUUGUACAGUGUGUUCACUCUGUGUGAGAAAAAAUCAAUAAAAUAAAAUGAAUCACAUCA